GCUCUUCGGCCCAUCGCCUCAGAACGUAGGUGGCACUGUUUUUCUUUGCCUUCGACAUUUUUCUCUCCCACUUCUACUCUUUCUUCCGCCUUUGAAGCCCCGCACGACGAUGCCUUCUCCGAAGAACGCCCCCGCAUCCAAGAAGGAGGAUGGCUUCGCGCUGCCCGCUGGCCUCAACCUCACCAACGUGAGCAAAGAAGCCGCCGUGAGCGGUGCGAUGGGGGCCGCCGUCGGUGUGGCUGCUCACCGCCUCACCUCGGACGCGCUCUACGGUGCGGGCCUGUGCUUCGCCGGAUUGCAGUGUCUCUCCUACUUCGGCCUCAUCACCAUCCACUGGAGCGCCAUUUCGGACGCCGUGGAGAAGGUCGCGGACCAAAACAAGGACGGCAAACUGGAUGUCGAGGACGCGAAGAUCGUCUGGCGUCGCUUCAUGGGGUACGCAAGCCGCGGUGUGCCGAGCGCUGCGGGCUUUUCUUCGGGAUUCAUGAUUGGUUACAAGUAUCUUUCGUAG